GUAUUUCCUUUUGGUGAGGACGGAUUCGUCAAUUUCGACGGUUAAUCCAUCCCCACCAAUUUGCCCCUGGCUACAUUCAAAAUGUUCUGCGGUUACUUCCCGCAGAAUUGAAAACCACUUCGCAAUGGCACUCUUGCCUGCUCCACACUCGGCUGCAGCGCUGGAUCGCUUCGUAUCCCGCGACCAUUCAUACGUUAUCUCUAUCAACUUAGAUAGAGAUAAACGGGAAUUUUUGAAAAUGCUGUCCGUACGGACAGUACACUCCCACCCCGUGCAGCUCGAUGUAGGCUUGCAAAUCCACUUGCACGAAUUUGCCUUCCUAGUUGUUUUCAGUUUCAUCCGGCGAUUGCACUUGUUGCACAAUUGAACGGAUGGUAAAAUUUCCGCUUCCUGCAGCAACCGAACCAAACGCUGCUCGUCCUCAGUUAUCUUUUUCAGCUCGGUCAAGCUUUUCACAGCGGCCAAAACUUCCAUUAUUAUCACUUAAUUUUCUCUUCCAAAACGCAUCCAAUUUUAAUCUGUAAAGUGUAUCCAAUACCGUGGUAUGUUUAUACUAGACAGUGCUUUCGCGCCAAUUCAAUACAUUUGUGUAAAACGUACGAUAUAUUUGUAUUAUUCAGUUGGAUAGUAUAGGUACCUAAAUUGGCGCGAAAGCACUGUCUAGUAUAAACAUACCACGGUAUUGGAUACACUUUACAGAUUAAAAUUGGAUGCGUUUUGGAAGAGAAAAUUAAGUGAUAAUAAUGGAAGUUUUGGCCGCUGUGAAAAGCUUGACCGAGCUGAAAAAGAUAACUGAGGACGAGCAGCGUUUGGUUCGGUUGCUGCAGGAAGCGGAAAUUUUACCAUCCGUUCAAUUGUGCAACAAGUGCAAUCGCCGGAUGAAACUGAAAACAACUAGGAAGGCAAAUUCGUGCAAGUGGAUUUGCAAGCCUACAUCGAGCUGCACGGGGUGGGAGUGUACUGUCCGUACGGACAGCAUUUUCAAAAAUUCCCGUUUAUCUCUAUCUAAGUUGAUAGAGAUAACGUAUGAAUGGUCGCGGGAUACGAAGCGAUCCAGCGCUGCAGCCGAGUGUGGAGCAGGCAAGAGUGCCAUUGCGAAGUGGUUUUCAAUUCUGCGGGAAGUAACCGCAGAACAUUUUGAAUGUAGCCAGGGGCAAAUUGGUGGGGAUGGAUUAACCGUCGAAAUUGACGAAUCCGUCCUCACCAAAAGGAAAUACAAUCGCGGUCGCGUCUCAGCCAACAACCAAGUCUGGGUGGUUGGCGGCAUCUGUCGCGAAACGCGAGAAAUUUUUUUGGAGCUGGUUGAGCAACGUGAUGCUGCAACACUACACCGGAUCAUCAACCAGCAUGUGGCUCCCGGUACAACGAUCGUGACCGAUGGUUGGCGUGCAUAUAAUGGUAUUGAUCAGCACGGUUUUAUUCACGAAACCAUAAACCACUCGCAAAAUUUUGUGGACCCAAGCGAUCCUUUUGUGCACACACAAAAUAUCGAAAAUUUGUGGCGCUGGGUUAAGCCCUUUAUUCGAUCCAAAGGCACAAAGCGAGGAGUGCUGAUUAAGUACAUACGCGAGUAUGAAAUGAAACGGCAGAACCAGAACAGCUUCCUGAGUGUGUUGCAGGCCAUCAAAGCUGUUCAAGAUUUUGCGUAAUAUGCACGCCAUCAAGAUCGGUCCGGAUCAAGCGUAAGUUUUCCGAAUUUUUUCAUUUUUACUUCCAAAUACAUUUUUAAUUCAAUAAUUUCUUUCAAGCUGGCUGGCUAAUGCUAAGAAGAGGAUGUAUUAAUUAUUUUUAAAUUUUAAAUGUAAAACGUCCUCUAUCUUGGAACUCCGUAUCCUACCUCCACGUGGUGCUGGCUGGAAUAUGAUGUCUGCUAUAGACCAUCAUAUACUAACAGGAUCGGGGGCAUUACUUUUUUUUAUUUCUUUCCUUUUAUUUUAUAUCCAUUGUACAGGGUACUGCACACGAAGGCAUUAGCUGUACAAUAUAUUUUUUAAUUUACCGUUCCGUAUGAGGCCCAAUCAAACCUAUUUUAUUAACAAAAUGAAGAAUCCUUACAGUAAUCAAGUAGCAGGCCGAACAUCGCGAAUAUAAUAUGGUCUGGUUCGAAACGUUCACAAAGGAUUAACGGAUAACGGAUUAAGGAAAAGGGGACAAACAUUUCAGGUCAGUAUUGUUACAAGAUGUUUGAUUAGUUUACAGUUAGCACAAAUCUCAUUUUGAUUUGUUUGAAAUAUUUAUAAGCAGCCCUAGGGCUCGAAACAAACCACAAGCGAUCUACAACUUAGCUAUUAUGAUUAAUUAAGUUUAUCUUUCCUCUUUUAGGUAGCGACUCAUAAGGGGACCUCUCUCAGGAGAUAGCGGAAACAAACAGCGGAAAAGUUCACUCAUCAAAUCACAUACAUAUAAGUACAUAUAAUUAGCACAUACAUAUAGCAGGUACAUAUAAGAGUACAUAUAAUUAGCACGUCCCGGUACGGGUGAAAAAGCGAUAUCGGUUUGGAAAAUCAUUUCCAUCUCAGGGUUACUCGAUAACUCGAAAAUAUCGACUGAAAUUGUAUUGUAAGAGUUCAUACGAGCAAACCACUUCGAAUGGAACAGGUAAAAAACCAGUACAGGGCAAGAAUGUCUUAUGCAAAUGUAAUUUAUACAUAGUAUCAUUCAUGUGUACCAUUAUUCAUUCUAUAACAUUUUUCAGCAAGUGUAUUAUAGGAUCGGGGGUCAUGCUCAUACUUUCGGAGUGCGUUUACAUUUACUUUUGGCUGGCACUUGAUCGUCCAAACGAUCAUUUGGAAAUCUAAAAGAGAUUUCCCUUACUGAAGUGAUGGAGACAUUGACGCCUUACGUUAGGUGAGGGGACACUUGCCGCUGACUAAGUAAAAACUAGACUAUAGGUUUUGGGUACAUAAUACUCGCGACGUCUGGUCGUACAAUGAUCUUGCGACCAGUGUUCGCAGUUUGUUUUAAUGACAAUUUGCUGUUUCGUCAAAAUCCGUAAAUUAAAAAAUCUCGGUGCUGUGUGGAACUGCUGAGGUUCACCGAGAAUCAUAAUUACCAGAGAUAAGUACGGAUUGAUCGAUCGAAAUGGAUACGGCAAGCUUCAAGAGAUCUGUUGUAACGAAUGCGAUAUGACGUCAUGUGAUAGCUGUGACGAGUUUACAAUUGUAGAAAAUGAUUACUGUUAAUAUGAAACUGUACAAUUGAAACUGAGUGCCACUUGUAGAAAACUUGCUUUUACAUUUUAAAAUAAGUACCAAUUCGGCCGAAAUUACUUUUACAAGCACUAACCAUAACGCUAGCCUUUUUCUACCCAUAAAAGAUUUCGACACGUAUUGACUCUGCAGUUCAGUAUAUGUUCCGUUUUACUAGCGUAAGUAUUCAAUGUGUACUUCAAUUACAUAACUGGUUUGUAAACUAUGCCGCUUGCUUGGAAUGCACCAAGAACACUAUUCAACCUAACAAGGAUCAUAUUUAUCACUUCAUUCUCCAUCGUUAUCCCUCGUUGAAUGGAAUGUACAUAAACCUGAUCGUCAUUAUAGGGAAUGUAUAGUUCCGUUAUUAUAAUGCAACACAACGCCAUGGUGUCCGAAAAUAGUCUUUAAAAUGCAAUGUAGUGAGUGUGCAAAAUGAGCAUAAAACAUAAACUGAUACGGAGCAAACAUAAGUUCGCCUAUGAUUUUUUUUUUAACAUUUAUGCUACACUACCGACAUACAUAUUAUCAGCGUUUCACUUUGUGGCAUUGAUCGUAGGAACAAACUCUUUUCUGAUUGAAAGAGAGUAAUAGCCUUUGGCCUCUAGGUAAGCCCUCCGGUUUUUCAAUUCAGUAGCCUGUGUCAUCAUUUGGUUGCAUCACAAAAAUUGAUUGGUAGGUACUUAUAGUUUACCGGAUGCUUUCUUUGUCUUUAUAUUUUAUUAAAUAUAUGAUAAAUUGAAUUAUCGGGUUACUACCGAGCAUCUGGUCUGUGCGGAAUCGUUUUGAUUGCAAUGUAACGGCAAGCAAAAAUUGGCAACGAACUAUUUCUUCUCCACCUAAUGAUCUGAUAUUCCAUAGCUUCACGACCACUAAUCGCCUCGGAUGUACCAGACCUCGAGGAAGUUUG